UGACGGUCGCGUAUUUGUUUUUUAUUGUUGUUAGAGAAAAGUAAAAAAAAACAUUGUUAAAAUGUUUGUUAAAUUUUUAUUUUUGGUUUGUUGUGUUUGUUUAAGUUAUGGUUUACCAACUAUGUAUAAGUUAAAUGAAAAUAAGGUUUUGGAACCAGAUUUAAUACCAGUUUCUUCAACUGUCAUCCCCCUUCCUGUAUAUCAGGUGGGAUAUGGAUUAAAUGUGUCCCCCUCAAAACAUGAUGAAAAAAUUAAAAAACCUGAGGGCCCAAUAAGUCUAGUUACAGUUCACAACCAAAAAAAAGCAACAGGGGAAAAACAAAAGUUAACUGAUGCAUCAUCUAUUAAAGAACUAAAACUUUAGACAAAAAAUUAAUGUUUAAAAAAAUUUAACCAAAAUUAAUGAAAUUAAUGAUUUAAUUUGUUACCAAUAAUACAAAAUAA